UUUCGUAUGCUCAGUACACACUCUCUUUCUCUCUCUCUCUCUCUCUCAUAUUAAUCUGUCUCCGUCCCCAUUAUCUGACGCCAGGACCGGUCUCACAUGACUGCUCUGCAGCUCACGUAUCAAUUCCAAACAAAAUAAAAGCAAAAACCCUCUCUCUCUCUCUCUCUCUCUCUCUCUCUCUAUGGUUAAAGCUUUUACUCUCUCUGCCACACCAUUUCAAACUCUCCUCCAUUAACCCCUAAAUCCUCCUCCUAAAGACUGCUUUUCUUUUUUUUCUCUUUCGUAAAGCCCAGACUUUCCCUUUUUCUCCCUCUACUGCUCUCUCUACCUACUUUUUUGUAUACCCAAAGAGAAAAGGCCCAUUAAAAUCUCUCUUACCCCCCACCCAUUUCUACUUGUAUACUGGCUCUCCCAACCAUGGAAGCUUUCAGCUUGCUUAAGUACUGGAGAGGCGGCGGCGUUGGCGGUGGUGGUGGCGGUGGCGCUGGAGGUGGAGCAGCAGAUGUUUGUGUUAAUGUCCGACCCACCACAGGAACCACCACGAUUGUCACCGCCGUUGCUCAUAACAACGGCGAAACCGACGAUGACGACGGCGACGAUGACGGACCCUUCUUUGACUUGGAGUUUGCUGUUCCUGAUGAAGAUGAGGAGGAGGCCGAGGAGGGUCAAAAUAGAAAACCCAUUAGAGGAAGCGACAGCGAUGAGGAAGAAGAGAACGAUGACUAUGAUGAUGAUGAGGAGGAUGAGGAGGAUGAAGACUGUGAUGGUGUGGAGGUGGAGGGCGAGAGAGAGUUCGGCUUCACGCUCUCUUCUGGUUGUAGCAAUGACCGUGCGGAUCCUAAUCUGUCCCUGUCUCCUUCUGAUGAUUUGUUCUUCAAAGGAAAGCUUGUUCCCAUCGAGUCUUCUUCGCUUGUGUUUAACCCUUCUGAACCGAAUUCUAAGCCUCAGUUUCGAGUUUCGUUGUUGAAAUCCGCUACAAAGUUCCGUGUUUUCAUGUUGGGUUUCAAGAAAUCAAGAAUGAAUGGCUCUGAGAAAACAGACUCGAAAACGGAGCCGAAAACAGAGUCGAAAACAGAGACGAAAGCAGAAACGAACGGAUCUGUUGCCUGCGCAUCCAAACAACAUCAAAACGAGCCCCAACAGCAAAAGAAGACCGAAAAACAAGAAGAACAGCAACGGCAAAAGCAGCAUCAGAGCAAGUUUUUCACAGUGAAAUUCAAAGUAGAAGAAGUUCCUAUUAUGUCCCUCUUCACCAGAGACAAUAGCUCGAGAAAUUCUUCGGUCAGCAACAAGUCCCAGAAGCAGCAAAACCCAGACGAAUCGAGUUCCGAGGAGAAGCGCUUCACCAAAGAAGUAAUGCAGAAGUAUUUGAAAAUGGUAAAGCCUCUCUACGUUCGAGUUUCGAAAAGGUACGGAGAGAAGCUGAGGUUUUCUGGGCAGUUGAGCUUGAACAGUUCGGUAGCGAAAGGCUCACCGGUUCCGGCGACGGCGACCCAGAAAUCAAUCACGGCGAAACCACUGGCUGAUAAGAGCCAACCGGAGGCAGAAGUUUCUGAAGCCUCACCGAGCAAUGUCAAGAACCAGAAACAGGGGAACCUCCCUGCUGGACUCAGAGUGGUCUGCAAGCAUCUGGGGAAAAGCCGAUCGGCUUCGUCUGCGGUGGCGGCGGUUCCUCCGGGAACCGUGCAGUCAAGAAGACGUGACGAUUCUCUGCUCCAGCAACAAGAUGGUAUACAGAGCGCCAUUUUGCAUUGCAAAAGAUCCUUCAAUGCCUCCAGAGAUUCUGAGUCUUCUCUGCUACCAAGGUCUGUAAGCGAUCCAACAAACGAGAAAUCCUUAGAUAUGUCAAGGACAUCGUCGAAGGAAGGCAAAGAUGGUGAUCAUCAACGGCCGUGAUUAAUCUAAUCUCUGGCGUCUCCUAUAUAUUAGAAAAUAGCGGGAAAAUUGUUCUCUGUAGAAGCCAGUCAAUGUUGUAGUUGGGUCAAUUUCAUUCUCAAAUUAUAAUGGAAAAAUGAGUUGGUCUUUGUAAAUGAUGUUCGGAAACUCAGAAAAUGCUUCAAAAAAUAGUGGAAUGGUUGGUAAUAUGGGUAACGAGUAGGAUGAACCUUCACUCUCUUGGCCCCUGUAAAAGCUCUAAGCUUUUCCAUGAAAGUGAAAGAAGAAUCAGAUCUUUGUACCUAUAUUUUUUUUCGUUGUAAUCAGUAGCACUACUCAAUUACUAUUGUGACCACACUUCGAAAUUUUGGUUUU